AUGGUUCAGGCUAUGAAUCCACCUCCACCGUCUGCUGCAGUCGCCGAACCCCAGCAGAAAGUGUCAAGGCAGUUUUCUACCGCGAUUGGCCCUUCCUCAGACGAGACGUCACCAACCGUCCCCGCCAAAGACGAAGCACCAGCACCAACUGCUGUAGGCCCAGCCUUGACGGUGACCCUGCUCCUCACCUCAGGAGCACGGCAUCCCUUCAAGCUGGACAACAAAUACUUCGCCAAGCGCAACGUCGAGGUUCCGGAAAAUGAUCCGUUUAACCUAAGCGUCUACAAGCUGAAGGAGUUGAUUUUGCGCGAAUGGCGGGAAGAGUGGGAGACAAAACCGUCCAGUCCGACUUCCAUCCGGCUGAUAAGUAUGGGCAAGCUAUUGGAUGAUAAAGCAUCCCUAAAAGAUUACAAGUUCUCCGUCGACGCACCGAAUGUGCUGCACAUGACAAUCAAACCGCAAGACUAUGUUGAAGAAGACGACGCCAAGGGCGGCAAAUCCACAUACUCAGCACACCGCGAGGGUGAGGGCAGAAGCCCCGGCUGUCGUUGCAUCAUCAUGUGA